AUGACCAGUCGAGCGAUCGUCAACCAAUUUUUCAUUCCUCAAUUAGCAAACAUGUUAACAAACUUAAUCUUCCUCGCUGUAUUUAGCUGGAAUUUCAAAGUGAUUCAUACCGCCGAAACACUUUGCUCGCUUCCUCCAAUCACGUACGCAUCGGCAAAAGAGAUGUACCCUGACUCUGCCUUUGCUCUAAGUCAUCUUGAGACUUUAGGUAUUGCAACGUGGUACACAGAUCGUGAUGAUAGUGGAGAUGUUACACAAACAGCGAUGGACCUCGUUGUAGCAUGUCCCGAAUCUUCAAGAUUAAGUAUCGUGGUUUAUGGACUUCCCAAUAAAGACUGUGACGCUGGAUAUUCCAGUGGUGAAGGUACUGUGAAGACAAGUGCAGACUACAAAGAGUUUAUUUCAAAUCUUGCAUUUGUUAUUGAGAAACGAAAAGUUCUUUACGUCUUGGAACCAGAUGCAAUUGGGUUACUGGCUAGCAAUGAAUGUGCAGUGAAAUUUGGAUAUGAAAAGAAUUUAAUCACUGCGAUUAAACUUUUAUCCAAGAAUCCAAAUGCUGAAAUUUAUCUUGAUGUUGGAUUUUGGGCAUUGCAACGAUCAAAUACAACGAACAUUGUGACUAAAACAGUGAAAAAACUUGCGAAAACUGGACGUGUGAAGGGCAUUGCACUCAAUACUUCGAAUUAUCGUGCAACGGAAGAGAUUGCAAAGCUUUGUACAGCGUUUCAAACGGCAAUGGGUUCCACAAACUUGCAUUGUGUGAUUGAUAGUUCACGAAACUUUCAAGAAUUUGUCAAUGAAUCAAGUUCAGAAUGGUGCAAUGUAAGAAAAGCUGGAAUUGGAGCACCACCUACAAACGUGACGAACUUGGAUGGAAUUGACUAUUUCUUGUACUUAAAACCUCCUGGUGACAGUGAUGGAACGUGUUUAGAUGAAUCGAUGGAUGCAUUGCCAGGUCCACAAGCUGGUCAGUUCUUUAAUGAACAUUUCAUUAAACUUUGGAAUCAAGGUUACUUUGUAAGUACUCAACAAAUGGAUACCAUUGACGAUCCCGAAUCUUCUGCGAGUCCAUUGACGUGGCAUACAAUGACAUGGAUGUGGAUUUUUGCUGCGUCAAGUUUGUUAUCAAUAAUUGCUAGUUUUUAA